GGCGGCCUCGAGGAGCAGGUCACCACGGCUAUUUUGCACGCGGCGUUCAUCCCGUUCGGUCCGAUCAAGGACGUCGACAUCCCGAUGGACCAUCAGACGCAGGCACACCGGGGGUUCGGCUUCGUCACCUUUGAGGAAACCGAGGACGCGGCGGAGGCGAUGGACAACAUGCACAACGCCGAGCUGUACGGUAAAGUUCUGCGGUGCAACUACGCGCAGCCUCGCGCCAUCAAGGGAGGAAACCAGGGGUGGAGCAUGCAGCCGGUGUGGGCGGAUGCGGACAAGUACAAGGAGGACGUGGAGGAGGCCAAGAAA